AUGAUUGAAGAUAAUAAAGAGAAUGAAGACCAUGCCUCUGAAAGAGGACGAACAGCCAUCGUGUUUUCCUUGAAGAAUGAAGUCGGAGGACUUGUGAAAGCAUUAAAACUCUUUCAGGAGAAGCAUGUCAAUCUGGUACACAUCGAGUCACGGAAGUCCAAGAGACGAAAUUCUGAGUUUGAGAUCUUUGUGGACUGUGACAGUAGCAGGGAACAACUGAAUGAGAUCUUCCAGCUCCUGAAAUCCCACGUCAGCAUUGUCUCUGUAACCCCGACAGAGCAUUUCAGUGUCCAGGAAGAUGGAGACAUGGAGAAUGUUCCCUGGUUUCCAAAGAAGAUCUCAGAUUUGGAUAAGUGUGCAAACCGAGUGCUGAUGUACGGGUCCGAUUUGGAUGCUGACCAUCCAGGUUUCAAAGACAAUGUCUAUCGCAAGAGGCGAAAGUAUUUUGCAGACCUGGCUAUGAACUACAAACAUGGUGACCCAAUUCCCAAGAUUGAAUUCACUGAGGAGGAGAUCAAGACUUGGGGGACUGUGUACCGAGAGCUUAACAAGCUUUACCCAACUCAUGCCUGCAGAGAGUACCUUAAAAACUUGCCCUUGCUCACCAAAUACUGUGGGUACAGGGAAGACAAUAUCCCCCAGCUGGAAGAUGUGUCCCGCUUCCUGAAAGAGCGCACAGGUUUCACCAUUCGCCCCGUUGCUGGAUAUCUCUCACCCAGGGACUUCUUGGCAGGAUUAGCAUUCAGAGUUUUCCACUGCACCCAAUACGUUAGACACAGCUCGGACCCUCUCUAUACACCAGAGCCCGACACCUGCCAUGAGCUCCUAGGCCACGUCCCUCUUUUGGCUGAACCCAGUUUUGCUCAGUUCUCCCAGGAAAUUGGUCUUGCAUCACUCGGGGCAUCAGAUGAGGCUGUCCAAAAACUGGCAACAUGCUACUUCUUCACUGUGGAGUUUGGCUUGUGCAAGCAGGAGGGACAGCUACGAGUGUACGGGGCUGGCUUGCUCUCUUCGAUCAGUGAGCUCAAGCACUCGCUCUCCGGCAGUGCCAGAGUCAAGCCUUUUGAUCCCAAGGUCACCUGCAAGCAAGAAUGUCUCAUUACAACUUUCCAGGAGGUUUACUUUGUUUCUGAAAGUUUUGAAGAAGCAAAGGAAAAGAUGAGGGAGUUUGCAAAAACCAUCAGGCGCCCAUUUGGAGUGAAGUACAACCCUUAUACCCAAAGUGUGCAGGUCCUGAAGGACACCAGGAGCAUUGCCAGCGUGGUGAACGAGCUGCGGCACGAGCUGGACAUCGUCAGUGAUGCCCUCAGCAAGAUGGGCAAGCAGCUGGAACUUUAA